AUGCCGCUCUUUUCCAAGAACACAGAUGAGCAAGAGCAGCAGCAGCAGCAGCAGCACCCUCGGGACAAUGACGCCAACCGGCCGACCGCGGUGCCAGACGAGCGCACACGGCUGCUGCCAGACUCGGAACGAGCAGAAGGAAGGACGGGUGCACUCACACCCGACGACCCGGCCGUGACGCCGUACAACCUGUGGACGAUCCGCUUGCUGCGCUUCGUCACCGUGGCAUUCACGCUGGUGACGCUGGUGUGGUGGACGCUCGUGCUGAUCUCGGGCUUCGUCACGCCGCCCGGUUUCCAGACGAGGGGUGGCCCGUUCCUGUCGUUUGGGUUCGCGUGUCUCACGCUUGCCAACAUGGUCUUCACGCUACUGUUCUUCGAGGUACCGGCCAAGGCUGUCCGGAUAUUGUGUCUGGUCAUGGCGGGAAUCCUGCUGGUAGACGUCAUCGUCAUCCUUGCAGUGGAGAGGACACGCUCCGACGAGGGCUGGGUCGGCACGGUGAGCGUGGUGUGGGCUCUGCUCAUGAGCCUCUGGUCGGUGCUGGUGGACAGCACGGUGAAAUGGGGCAAGGCAGAGGAGGAAGAGAGGCUGACGGGCCGGCCGGAGACGAGGCGGACGCUGGUCGAGUGGGUCGGGGUGAUGGCUUCUACCGUGGCCGACACGCUCAUGACGGUGGCCGUGGUGCUCAUGACGCUGACCAUCUUCCUGAGGGCCUUCGACUCCCGGGUGGCCGCUCCGGGGAAGAUGUACCCCGUCGACGGGGGCAAGUACCGCAUCCACGUCUACUGCCGCGGAGGCGAAGACAACGGCAGCAGCAGCACGGCAGGCGUGGCGGCGGCAGAUCUACCGACGGUGCUGUUUGAAGGUGGGGAGAGGUCGGUGGAGAGCGGGCUGUGGAAGCUGGCCGAUGAGGCGGUGGACAACGGCUCGAUAAUGCGGUACUGCUUCGCCGAUCGACCGGGGGUGGGGUGGUCGGACGCGGCGCCGAGCCCGCUCAGCGCCAGCUUAGCGUCCGACGUACUGAGCGAGGCGCUCUCCAGGGCGGGCGAGCACGGGCCAUGGGUCCUGGCCAGCGCGGGCGUAGGGUCCAUCUACCAGCGCGUCUUCUCGUCCCGGCACGGCUCCGACGUCCGGGGCCUGGUGCUCAUCGACCCCCUGCACGAGGACUACCUCGAGAGCGAGGUGGGCUCCCCGGGGAGGGGGUUCUUCCUGUGGCUCCGCGGCGUGCUCUCCCCGCUCGGGCUGGACCGGCUGCCGGGCGCCAUCUUCAAGGGCCGCUCGUCCAAGGAUCGCAUCUACGGCCGGGCCGAGGCCCAGGGGCCCCGCUUCAUCUUCUCCAAGCUCCAGGAGAACCUGGUCGCCUCGUCGUUCACGAAACGGGACGUCCAGGCCAGCCGCGCCAUCCAGCCGCGCGACACGAACCUCGCCGUCAUCAGCUCGGGCCAGCGCAUCAAGAAGGACGAGGCGUGGGCGCGCAGGCAGAGGGACCUGACCAAGCUGACGGAUAAGUUGAAGCACUGGGAUAUCGUCGACAGGGCGCCGCACGAGGUGUGGAACACGGCCGAGGGUCGCGAGACGGUCGAGAGGAGACUGCGGCAGUUGGUCCACGGGUCGAAUGCCAAGCACUGA